AUGGCAGAAGAAGGCUUGUCAAGCGCCAUCUGCAUUGUGGCCCGCUUUCUGGCACGGUGGCGGAUCCAGGCCACUGGUCUUGGUUGGGAUGAUUGGACCAUUUUAGUGGCCUAUAUCCUACUAAUUCCUUCCACGAUCAUCGCACAGCUCAUGACGUACAAAGGAAUGGGCCAAGACAUCUGGGCCGUGCCUUUUGACAACAUAACGGCGAUGUUGAAAUAUUUCUACAUCGAACAGUACAUCUACCAGUGCGUCGUCGUCCUCACCAAGAUCUCCAUCGUCCUCCUCUACCUCCGCAUCUUCCCGAAAGAAGUGUCCAAACGCUUCCAACAUGUCAGCACCGGUGUCAUCGUAGGCCUAAUCAUAUACGGCUUCGGCUUCAUAAUCUACUUCGCCUUCCAGUGCCGUCCCAUCAACUACUUCUGGAACCAAUGGUCUGGGGAAACGGAAGGACGAUGCGUCAACCAACAAUUCGCCGUCUACAUGAACAGUGCGAUGAACAUUGUGUUCGACCUCGUUGUCUUCUUCCUUCCGGUUCCUAAGCUGAUGAAGCUCCAAGUCCGGAGCACGCAGCGCAAGAUCGGUUUCAUACUGACGUUCCUCGUUGGCCUCUUCGUCACGGCCUGCAGUAUGGUGCGCCUCUCCACCUUGGCCAACAUCGGCAAGGUCCAGAACGCCACGUACCACUACAACGCGAUAUCGCUGUGGAGCGGGCUCGAGGGCGAUGUAGGUGUCAUUUGCGCUUGCAUGCCCUCCCUGGCUGGCCCGAUCUUGUACUUCUUCCGCGACGUGCUCGGCGUCAAGUUGACCUCUUUCACCAAAUCCGGUACCAACAAGACCAUGAAUGUCAGCAGGUCUCGCAUCACAGGAAACAAAAGUAUCGCAAGACUACCAAGUACGACGGCGAGCGAGCGCGACUCGCGAAAUGAUAUGGGAUCACCGACUGCUGGCGGUAUCGAAAAGACGGUCGUGACUUCAAUUUAUAACCUGCCAUACGGGUAUUCGAGCGGCGACGAUGUUGAGUUGAUUGAGCAGAAACCUGGCCACGAGAGAAUGGGCCAGUGGAAUGCUUGA